AUGGCGAACGAUAGCGAUAGGGAGGGUCAGACAGAUACGGGCAGGGCGCUGCGGGUGGUGUCGCUGCUGGGAGCGGCGAGCGAGGUGAUGGCGGCGCUAGGGCUGGCGCAUCUGCUGGUGGGCCGGUCGCACGAGUGCAAGUUCCCACCGUCGCUUCUCGCGCUGCCGUGCGUGUCGUCGCCCGCGCUGGGGCCGGAUCUCGAGCAGCAGAGCUGUGCGACGGUGCACGACAGGCUGUCGGAGCGCGUGCGCAAGGGCCUGUCGCGGUACCACGUGGACGUGGAGGCGAUUCGGCGGCUGCAGCCGGAUGUGAUUAUAACGCAGGAUGCGUGCGACGUGUGCGCCGUGACUGCAUCGGACCUCCAGGCGGCGUGCGCGGAGUACUUCGCGCAGCGCGACGACGCGGGGCGCGCGUGCCACGUGGUGUUGCUGCGACCAAUGAGCGCGUCCGACGUGUGGGACAACAUGCUGCAGAUCGCCGCGGCGGUCGGGCACAGCGACAAGGGCCGCGCGCUUGUGGAAAAUUUACAGGCGCGCUGGUCGCGCGUGCGCGCGCAGGUUCCGCGGGGCGCGGAGGGGGCGUGCGCGCGCCCGCGUGUGGUGUGCCUGCAGUGGGUGCGGCCGCUGAUGGGCGCGGGGUACUGGGUGCCCGAGAUCGUCGCGUGCGCUGGCGGGGAGAGCCUCUCGGGGAAGCCUGGGGAACGUACUGCAAUACUCUCCUUUGAGGCCCUUGUCUCUCUCGAUCCAGACGUAAUCAUCACCAUGUGCUGUGGCCUUUCAAAGGAGGCCAUUCUGAAGGAGCUCUUGACCUCUGAGGAUUUGCCGCAGUGGAACCGGUUGAGAGCGGUGCAGAGGGAUGCGGUGUUUGUGGCGGAUGGGGACCGCUACUUCAACAACUCAGGGCCCACCCUUGUUGACUCUGCUGAGAUCAUGCUGGAGAUGCUGCAUGCUCACCGCUUCCAACCACACAGAACCGCAUCGAACCACUCUGAUGGUGCGGUUGUUGUCGGUGCCCCUGCUGGUGGUGCUGGUGCGGAUGAUACUGCUCCCCUUCCCUCCUGCCCCUACAGCUCCAACUCCAAUGGCCUAGUGGGUCAAGAAGGAGAGAAGAUCCCGAUGAUUGAGGUCAAGUAUGAGGGGAAGGCGUACACACACCUGACAGGCGGGUGUGUGGAGGCUUGGCGCGCUUCUGUGGGAUGGCAGGACUAA